AUGGGCGAGCUUCCCAGGAACCGCUUUGCCAACACGCUGGCUCCGACCUGGGCCUUCUUCUCUGCCCGCGUCACUCUCGACAGCGAGAGCUGCAUUAUUAGCAUCAUCAUUGUUUUGGCUGGAGCCAUUGCACUUAUCAUCGGUUUUGGUAUCUCAGGAAUUGCAGGGAGACACUCCAUUAGAGUCACUACUCUCACCUCCGCUGGGAACAUCGGGGAGGAUGGAAUCCUGAGCUGCAUUUUUGAACCUGACAUCAAACUUUCUGAUAUCGUGAUACAGUGGCUGAAGGAAGGUGUUAUGGGCUUGGUACAUGAGUUCAAAGAAGGCAAAGACGACCUGUCAGACCAAGACGAGAUGUUCAGAGGCAGGACGGCUGUGUUUGCAGAUCAAGUGAUAGGUGGCAAUGCCUCGCUGAGGCUGAAAAACGUGCAACUGACAGAUGCUGGCACCUAUAAAUGUUACAUCAUCACCUCCAAAGGCAAGGGGAAUGCUAACCUUGAGUAUAAAACUGGAGCCUUCAGCAUCCCAGAGGUGAAUGUGGACUAUAAUGCCAGCUCAGAGAGCCUACGGUGUGAGGCUCCCCGAUGGUUCCCCCAGCCUACAGUGGUCUGGGCAUCCCAAGUUGACCAAGGAGCCAACUUCUCAGAAGUCUCCAAUACCAGCUUUGAGCUGAACUCUGAGAAUGUGACCAUGAAGGUUGUGUCCGUACUCUACAAUGUCACGAUCAACAACACGUACUCCUGUAUGAUUGAGAACAACAUUGCCAAAGCCACAGGGGAUAUCAAAGUGACAGACUCGGAGAUUAAAAGGCGGAGUCACCUGCAGCUGCUGAACUCAAAGGCCUCCCUGUGUGUCUCUUCUUUAUUUGCCAUCAUCUGGGGACUCCUGCCUCUCUCCCCUUACCUGAUGCUCAAAUAAGGUGCCUUGGCCACACGGAAACAUGCACAGUCACUGGUACGACAGGUGAGAUGAAUCACGAAUGGGGUGGGGGUCGGUUCCGUGG